CGCGCACGGCCGGGCAUGCCGGGAGCCGGGCUGGGCUGGCCGCCGCGGGCGGAGCGAGGCGGACCCGUUCGGGUGGCGGCAGCGGCAGGAGGCGGGCGGCUGGCGUGGUGGCCGGGACAGCGGCUCCUGGACCCCGGCGCCGGCGGCACGGUCGGGGCGGGCGGGCAGCUCGGCAUGCGCCCCUGCGCGGAGCUGGGGCCGCAGCCCGUCCAGAGGGACACGAUGAACUACCUGAACGUGCUGGCCAAAGCCCUCUAUGACAACGUGGCCGAGUCCCCCGACGAGCUCUCCUUCCGCAAGGGCGACAUCAUGACGGUGCUGGAGCGCGACACCCAGGGCCUGGACGGCUGGUGGCUCUGCUCGCUGCACGGGCGCCAAGGCAUCGUGCCCGGGAACCGCCUCAAGAUCCUGGUGGGCAUGCACGACAAGAAGCCCGCCGGGCCCGGCCCCGGCCCCCCGGCCCCUCUGACCCCGCCCCAGCCUGGCCCCCACAACCCGGCCGCCCAGUACACGCCUAUGCUGCCCGCCACGUACCCCCCGCAGUCCGACAGUAUCUACCUGGUGCCCACCCCCAGCAAGACCCAGCAGGGCCUCUACCAGGCCCCUGGGCCCAGUCCGCAGUUCCAGUCUCCCCCGGCCAAGCAGACGUCCGCAUUCUCAAAGCAGAUGCCCCACCACCCGUUCCCCAGCCCAGCCCCAGACCUUUACCAGGUGCCUCCAGCGCCUGGCAGCUCCGCCCAGGACAUUUACCAGGUGCCGCCUUCUGCUGGGAUGGGGCUGGAUAUCUACCAGGUUCCCCCUUCCAUGGACGCACGCAGCUGGGAGGGGACAAAGCCACCGCCAAAGGUGGUGGUGCCCACCCGCGUGGGGCAGGGCUACGUGUUCGAGGCCUCGCAGCCAGAGCAGGACGAGUACGACAUCCCGCGCCACCUGCUGGGCCCGGCGCCCCAGGACAUCUACGACGUGCCCCCGGUGCGAGGGCUCCCCGGCCAGUACAGCCAGGAGGUGUAUGACACCCCUCCCAUGGCUGUCAAGGGUCCCAGUGGCUGGGACCCGUCGCUGGACGUGUACGACGUGCCCCCCAGCGUGGAGAAGAGCCUGCCGCCGUCCAGCCACCACGCGGUGUACGAUGUUCCCCCGUCCGUGAGCAAGGACGUCCCUGACGGCCCCCUACUGCGUGAGGAAACCUACGACGUGCCCCCCGCCUUCGCCAAGGCCAAGCCCUUCGACCCGACCCGCCACCCGCUGGUCCUCGCUGCGCACCCCCCGGACGCGCCGCCCGCCGAGGACGUGUACGACGUGCCGCCCCCCGCUCCCGACAUCUACGACGUGCCCCCCGGCCUGCGGCGGCCCGGCCCCGGCGCCCUCUACGGCGUGCCCCGGGAGCGGGCCCCCCCUCCCGAGGCGGCCGACGGAGGCGUGGCCGACGAGGGCGUGUACGUGGUGCCCCCCGCCGCCGAGCGGGAGGCCCCGGCAGACGCCAAGCGCCUGUCGGCCUCCAGCACGGGCAGCACUCGCAGCAGCCAGUCGGCCUCCUCCCUGGAGGCCCCGGGGCCCGGCCGCGAGCCGCUGGAGCUGGAGGUGGCCGUGGAGGCCCUGACCCGGCUGCAGCAGGGCGUGAGCGCCACCGUCACCCACCUCCUGGACGUGGCGGGCAGCGCCGGCCGGUGUGGGGGCCGGCGCGGCGCCGCGGAGCCUCCGGAGCCCCCGGCGCAGGACCUGCGGGCCGCCCUGGCCGCCGUCCAGGGCGCCGUCCACGAGCUGCUGGAGUUUGCCCGCAGCGCCGUGGGCAACUCCGCCCACACGUCCGACCGCACGCUGAACGCCAAGCUGAGCCGGCAGCUGCAGAAGAUGGAGGACGUGUACCAGACGUUGGUGGCCCACGGUCAGACCUUUGACAGCAGCCGAGGCGGCCCCGGGGCCACCUCGGAGGACCUGGACCGCCUGGUGGCCUGCUCACGGGCUGUGCCCGAGGACGCCAAGCAGCUGGCUUCCUUCCUGCACGGCAACGCCUCGCUGCUCUUCAGACGGACCAAGGCGCCCGCCUCAGGGCCCGAGGGGGGCGGCUCCCUGCACCCCAACCCCGCCGACAAGGCCAGCAGCAUCCAGUCCCGGCCCCUGCCCUCGCCCCCCAAGUUCACCUCCCAGGACUCGCCGGAUGGGCAGUAUGAGAACAGCGAGGGCGGCUGGAUGGAAGACUACGACUAUGUCCACCUGCAGGGGAAGGAAGAGUUUGAGAAGACUCAGAAGGAGCUGCUGGAAAAGGGCAACAUCAUGCGGCAGGGGAAGGGCCAGCUGGAGCUGCAGCAGCUGAAGCAGUUUGAGCGGCUGGAGCAGGAGGUGUCGCGGCCCAUCGACCACGACCUGGCCAACUGGACGGCGGCCCAGGCCCAGGCCCUGGCCCCGGGGCGGGCGGGCAGCCUGGGGCCCUCGGACCGGCAGCUGCUGCUCUUCUACCUGGAGCAGUGCGAGGCCAACCUGACCACGCUCACCAACGCCGUGGACGCCUUCUUCUCCGCCGUGGCCACCAACCAGCCGCCCAAGAUCUUCGUGGCGCACAGCAAGUUCGUCAUCCUCAGCGCCCACAAGCUGGUGUUCAUCGGGGACACGCUGUCACGGCAGGCCAAGGCGGCCGCCGUCCGCAGCCAGGUGACCCACCACAGCAACCUGCUGUGCGACCUCCUGCGCGGCAUCGUGGCCACCACCAAAGCCGCCGCGCUGCAGUACCCGUCGCCCGCCGCCGCCCAGGACAUGGUGGACAGGGUCAAGGAGCUGGGCCACAGCACCCAGCAGUUCCGCCGGGUCCUGGGCCAGCUGGCCGCUGCCUGAGGACACGGACCCGAGGGAGGAGGGCAGCGACGGUGGGCGCCGCCCCGGGUGCCGCCCCGAGAGUCCCGGCGCUGCAGGCCUGGGCACAGGCGUCCCCAGCUCCCCCAGGCCCGGCGCCAAGCCCGUCAGGGACUGUACAUAUUUAUGACAGGGCAGGUGCGGGCCCAGGAGCCCGGGCAGAGCCAGGCCCCCAGAGCCCGGGCCAGGGAGCAGGCUGGGGUCCUCUCUGAGGGCUCUGCAGGCCCGGGGAGGUCCCGGCCCCGGGCAGCCAGGCCACAGCUGCAGGCCCCGUGGCCCGCACGGCCGUGGGGACCCCUGGGGGCUGACGUCAGCCCCGCGAGGGUGCUACGUCCCCCCCAGGGGUCAGUGCCACUGAGAUGUGCUCCUCAGCACCAAGAGAAACCCCUAAAGAACUAUUUUUUAUUAUUGAUUUUCCAAUCAUUUGACUAACAGUCUACAUUUAAAUAAAAUUUUAAAA